AUGCAGAAUACAGAUAAGUCUCUGUUGAUGGCCUUACCAACCGAACUGCGCUGUUACAUCUACGACUACUUCCCCGAGCGUGUUUUCAAACAUGUAUUCCCCACGCCAGGUAUUGGCACCUGGGCGGAACUUCGAAUGCCGACCGCCCUACUUCAAGUGAACAAGACGAUUCUCGACGAGGCUCAACAACACUUGAGGACGAGGAAUAUGCAGAAGUCCCCUAAAGUUACAAUCGGCCCAAAACCGGGGGACGACAACGGAACCAAACUCAUCAGUCUCGUCCUCGCAUCCUGGUACAACGAAAUCAUCCUGCCGCUACUGCUUUAG